CAUUAUGCAACAUUUUUUUUUCUAGAUUGAUCAACACGCAACAAAGUUAUGACCAUUCUUAUAAUAUCAGGCAUUCUUUAAAGCUUUCGCUACUUCUUUCGAGUGUUUUAAUAUUUACGCAGAGUUUUAAGCUCACCACAAUACGAUUUUCCGAUGAAGAGUCUGGUUAGAUAUCCACAAGCGAUAUUUCUGAUUUACAUCAUCGCCUUCGGUUUGUGUACUGAUGUUGUUCACUCCUGUAGUUGUGAUAUAGCCAAGCUAAAGGAGCUGGGAAUAGAAGAUGGUCAUAUCCCGGAUCAGGCCAUGACAGCAUCGUCAACACUUGAUGCCAGUCAUGGACCAGGUCGAGGCAGACUCAAUCAGGGCCCAACUGGUUCCCAGGGCACUGCCUGGUGCGCUCAAGAAUCAAACACUGAGCAGUAUUUACAGAUAGAUCUCGCCGAAAUGUCACGAGUUACUCAUAUUGCGACUCAAGGAUUAAACGAUCCACCUGAGGUUGUAAAUGGCACCAACAUCACCAGCUGGGUUAAGGAAUACACACUGCAGUAUAGCUCUGAUGGUGAAACGUACAACGGGUAUUACUUCGAUAAAGUGUUAAAGAUAUUUGAUGGAAACAAAGACGCUGGGUCUGUAUCUUGCUGUGAGCUCCCGUACCCUUUAGUUGUUCGAUAUAUUCGGUUCAAACCUGUGUCGUGGGAGAAAAAGAUUUGCUUGAGAGUUGGAGUCUUUGGCAAAGGGAACGUCACCGCGCAGACCAUAAUUACAAAAAAUGUGAUUGCGAUUCGACAUUACUGGUGGUGGCCUUUCCUCUGGGUUUUAAUAAUUAUGUUAUUUUUUCUUAUCUUCCUGGCUUUCUUUUUCUAUCGUCGAAUCCGGAAACAACCAGCUCUUAAACCAAGGCCAACUAAAGCAGAAAAGAGUACAUCUCUCUACACAAAUCCAUUUACCCCACAGUCAAAGUCACAAAGAAACGGAACGUUGACCAUUGAAAUGGCAGAUAUCAUGGACACACAGGAAGAUGGCGCAUAUGAAGAGGCAGAGGACGAAGUACAAGAGGUUGUGGCACACUUCACAGACGAUGGGUUUGACAACAAACAUGGCGUCACUCACUUUUCGGUAGCUGACGAGGAUGAGGCUGAAUUACCGCCGAUCAUUCAAGAUCAGGCAAGAAAUGUACCAAGCCGAGGAGCCUCUAUGAGCUCUCAAAACCAGCCAAUCAGGGGGACUUCAGUAAGUUCACAGAAUCGCCGCAACACCGCACAAUCCCAACAUCUGUACGAAGCUAUUGGGUAGACAAUGGGUCACCUGAUCUCGCGAAAGUCUCUCCAGAACACCCUUAUCAUAGUUCAGAAAUCAUUUCAGUAUAAAAAGCGAUGCAAGAUGCUAAAGAAAGCCAGUGAUAAAGAAAAAAAUUCUAAAGGAUUUCUUAUUAGUUUUUUUUUUUUAUCAGCGAGUCGAGUGAAUUAUUGUUAAUAUCAAAAAAAGGACAAAGACUUCUUGAGUUGUAACUGUAGGGUUAGCUGUCAAAGUGCGACCAUACGAUACAAAAAUUGAACUAAAAAAUGUUUUAAAUUUCUAUGGAACUUCGCCGGAUACUUGAAUCAAGGGCAUAUAAAUGCCUCUCUUAAAUUCGUGGGACUCAAAGAAAGCGUAUAGCAUACUUAAAAUUUUGUUGUUUUUCUUUGAAAUUACCUCGGAAAAACCCUUCUAAAUAUCGUUAAAAUAAGCAUGUAGAAAAAAAUGAGUGAAAAAAAAAAAUUUCCAAGAGAGCGAUAACCAUGAAGCCGAGUUAAUGGCUCCACCCAAAGGCGCUCGAGCUAAGACUUGAGUAAUGUUUGAAUUUCCCGCUGUAAACGAUAAAGAGAUUACACAACUACCGGAGGGGGAGGGGUAGAGGAGUUUUGUGUGUUCUCCAGGCGACAACUGCUCCCCGUACAGUCGUUAAAUCUAAGGAAUCCUACCAAGAAAGGUUGUAAGUGAUUGGUGUUUAGGUGAAAAAAUGAGCUAAGAGCCACUGUGUGCUAGCACUUGAAGAAAAUUUGUUCGACAGGAAAUAGAAUAUUAUGAAGCCAGUCAAAAUUCUGUAUGAACUACUGAGAAGGAGAGGUGCUUUGCUCAUGGCUAGUUAGUCUUCAUGAGUCGCUCUAGGACGUGUUCUGAACGCCAUGGCAAUCAAACACCAAUAUCGGGACAUGCAGACCAACCGUGUGACGCAAAGAGCACGAGGUGGAAUCACCGAAUAUCCACGGUUUGGAGUGUACUCUGUUCGUCGCGACGAUCAAACUAUAAUGGCUAGCGCUGGCUAGUUAAAACCAUCCAUAUCGAAAACAUACUAAAAAUGAGGAUACAAAGUGUUUACGUUUAAUAGCCAAAUUUGAACGGGAAAUACAUCUCUGUAUGAUUACAACGAAGCUCAAAGCAACCUGCAAGUCUGAGACUCGCAGUGUACAAUUUGGGUUAGACUUUGUGUAAAUGACCGGUCCUCAGAGUUUGGCUAUAAAAGUUAUUAUUCUUAUUUUUGUGAUUGUAUUUCCAAGCUGGACUUGUAAACCAUCGAAAAAGAAGGGGAAAGGAGUAAGGUUAAAAUACAGUACAAAGGUUCUUAUAAAUAACACGUUAUAUCGAAAUAUCAAUAGCAAUCGAUCACUUCAUCCCAUCAGUCAAAUUCUCUCCACACACUUGUCACUUAGCACAUGGGAGAACGCAAAUACUCGUUGAAGCAAAUUGACAAAAAAGUAUUUCUAGAUUUGUCGUAAGCCCGCGUAAAUCAUAUGGAACAUCGAAGCUUAGUAAAGAAAAUUUACAAGACAUGUACAUUUGUGCUAAGCCCUCGUAAAUAACAUAAAACACUUAAGCUGGUUUAGGCUAGUGUGAUAGCAAUGCACACGUUUUGUGAGACUAAAAAUGUGUGCUCGUUUAGAAUAAAAAACUCACAUCUGAUUGGAGUAGGUAAAAAAAAUUCCUUGCAUAAGAAUUUUCCAAAAUUAUACGGUUAAUAUUGUAUGGAGUUUUACUGAGUUGGCAGAAAGGUUAUAAGUAGGUAAGUCAACUUUAUUUAAAGAGGGUGUACACAUAACAGCUUACGCUGACAAACCAGUGGCCCUCAAAACUAGGGAUUAGUAAGUAAUACAUGCAAGUGUAGAAUUAAAAUUGGAACUAGCCUAACAAAGUAACUAUUAAAACAAAUAUAAAUAGAAUAUAUGGAAUAAAACAUAUAUUACAAUAUAGCCUCAAAAGAACCAAUGUCUCUAUAAAAAGCAAUAAAAUAAUUUCUCAAAUCA